GUAAAAUAAAACUCAAAGCCAAAGGCAAACAUUGUUGUUAUUAAUGCAAUGAUGCUAGAAGAAUCCAAAAAUGUCAUAACUACCCCUUCUAAAUGAGAAGAGCUGGUUUUUGGCUCUUCAUUGCUAGAAAACUGUGCUAUACGGGAAAAAAUAAAAUAAAAUUUGAUUGAAUUUAAUGGGAUCUCCCUUUUCCUGAUGGGUAAAAACUCAUGAACAAAAAAGAGUGACAAAGCUUUUUUGGCUCAGAGCUCCAGUUUUGACAUUUUUUCACUUCACUCAGUAACCAUCUUUUUCUUCCUCACAGUUACAGAUGACAUAAGUAUUAGGUACUUUGUGCUGAAAGACGAGACUCCCAAAGCCAAUGUAGGAGUGAUAAAUUAGCUGAAGUAGGUGGGUUCUUUGAUUUUGUCUUAGUUUUCAGUGGUUGAGCUCGUUUCCUUCAAUCUUUCUUUAGAUAUGUACAAGAAUCAGCUGCAGGAACUUGCACAGAGAAGCUGUUUCAAUCUGCCUUCUUAUGCCUGCUUCAGAGAAGGACCUGAUCAUGCACCAAGAUUCAAAGCUUCUGUGAAUUUCAAUGGUGAGAUCUUUGAAAGCCCAAGCUAUUGCACCACAUUAAGACAGGCAGAGCAUGCAGCUGCUGAAGUAGCUCUCAGUGUCCUGUCCACAAGAGGCCCUGCAAGGUCUCUCACUGCAAGAGUUCUUGAUGAAACUGGAAUAUACAAGAACCUCCUUCAAGAAACUGCUCAUAGAGCUGGACUGAACCUCCCUGUAUAUACCACAAUAAGAUCAGGUCCUGGCCAUGUUCCAAUUUUCACUUGUACUGUAGAGCUCGCAGGCAUGAAUUUCACUGGUGAGCCAGCCAAGACAAAGAAACAAGCUGAGAAGAAUGCUGCAAUAGCAGCUUGGUCUGCCCUGAAAAAAUUGCCAAACAUGGGUGCAUGGACAAAUAAAGAGGCAGUCACUCGUGAAGAACAGGAUCAGGCAGUUGUGACAAGGUUUCUUUCAAAUUUUAGACCAAAAGAUGAUUUCAAACAAGCAAGGAGGAGGGAUCAGAACCAAGCAAAACGAAGAAUGGUGAGGUCCCAUAGAGACUUUAGUUGUGGUUCUUCAUCCACAUCUAGUAAUCAUCAAAUACAGCAUCAGCAGUGGAGGCUUUUGGAUCUGUUACUUGACUCUGCUUCAGAAGGUUCAUCACAAAUUAAAAACUCCUUUGUGUCUCUUCUGCCUCCUCCCCCUCCUAGAACAGCUUCAAAGAUCUUGCCACCAACUUCACCUAGAGACACUCCCUCUCCAUACUCAUCAAAUAGGUCCAUUCCAGUACAAGUCAGGGGCAGAUCACAAAUUAUAACACCUCCAUUGGAAGAGCAUAAAAGAGAUGAGGAAGAGUGGCUUGGUGGGAAAUCAGAUUCAAGCAAGAAGCCUAUUGAAAAGGAAGGUCCAAGCAAUUCAAGUUCAAAUUUUGUCUAUGGGGCUAGCUCAAUAUAUAGGCAAUUUCCUAUGUCCAAUACUGGGAAGGUGACCUCUUCAAUGCUUGAUAGCACCAUUCAACAUGAACAAAGCCAAAUCAGAACUGGGCCUUUUGGUUCAGCUCAAGACAAGGCACCUACAAAUGCCCACAUGGCUAGAACCAUGUACACUGGAGGGUUCAAUCCUCACAGGAUAGCCCCAGCAGUUCAAAUCAGAUCAGUGAUCCCAGUGUGUGCAGCACCACCACCAAUGAGACCCCAACAACCCUCAAACUCUCCAACAAUGAAAGAAACUACUUCAUCAUCAACUUUAAUUCCUUCUCCUUCUACUUCAUUUGGAGAAGAGGUCUCAUCAGCUAGCUCAAAGUUCAACAACAAGCCACAGUUAUCCUCAACCUCAACUCAACUCAGUUCUGAGUUCAACAAGCUACAAUUAUUAUGAGGUAAAAAACAACAUUAUAAUCUUAUUAUACAACCUAAGUUUAGCAUUUUCUACCAGUUUUAACAUCAUGGGUUGUGUUCUCUUAAAACUUUUACUAUUGACCCUUGAGAACCAUAGUUUUUGUCUCUUGGGUCUAUGGAGAAAUUUUGUAAAAGAUGAUAUAAUUAAAUAUAAUUUUCACCUUUGACAUGUA